AUGCUGCAGCGGAUCGGGAGCGUGGAGCGGAUCCCGCAGUUCCUCGCGCGCGUCAAGGGCAAGCAGGAGAAGCUGAUGGGGUUCGGACACCGGGUGUACCGCAACUACGACCCGCGGGCGCGGAUCAUACGGGACGUGGCGCACCAGGUGUUCGCGCGGGUCGGGAGUGAGGAGCCGCUGGUCGAGGUGGCGGUAGCGCUGGAGCGGGCGGCGCUGGAGGACGAGUUCUUUGCGAGUCGCAAGCUGUUCCCCAACUGCGACUUCUACUCGGGGCUCGUGUACAAGGCGAUGGGGUUCGAGCCCGGGUACUUCCCCGUGCUGUUCGCGCUCGCCAGGUGCGGCGGGUGGGUGGCGCACUGGAACGAGUUUCUGGACGACCCGGACCGGCGCAUUGCCAGGCCGCACCAGAGGUUUGUGGGCGAGGUCGGGCCGAGGGAGGUGCCGCCCGUGGAUGAGAGGGAGGAGGGCGUGAGUGGGGUGGUGGUGGAGGACGAGAGGGGUAUGGUGGCCAAGAUGUGA